AACCAUUAAAUAGUAAUAUUAAUAAUAAUAAUAAUAAUGAUAAUAAAAGGGAUAGAAGGAACCAGCACUAGGAAGCCAACUAUCAGACCCAAAUUAAGUAUCUCAGUCUUUUAACUUUAAGAUUAGUGCCUGCCUUCUCCACUCUGCCUCAGGGAUCAUUGUAUUGGGAUAAAUGCCAACCAGGCAUAUAAGGAGCUCUGUCUCAGUAAUUGUAUAUUAAUGCUUCUAUCCAUUUUCCUUUCAAAACAAGCUUCCAUAUUGUCUUUUGUUUCCUAAAAAUUAAACAAGCUGAUUCUAAUACUUUUUGCCAGUGAUGAAAACAGCACAAAACAAAUGAUACUUAAUAAAUAUUAAAACUUACCUUUUACCUGUCACCCAAGGGGUGUUACUAUGACUCUCUAUCCCAGUGCCAACACCCACUUGCUAAUUCACAGUCCUGUUUGGCUUGUCCCACCUCGGGCAUUUGCACUUGUCUGUUUUUCUCUGUAUGACUCUUCCUCUGAUCUCCUCAUGAAUGAUUGCCACUAUCAUUUCUCUACUUUCUCAGAACCACAUUCUCUGAACACAUGUUUUUAAAACAACUUUUGUUUUCUAACAACAAAUAUCUUCAGGAUUUAUUCAACUAUGCCAUAUUUACAACUGUGCCUCAGGGCCCAGUUGGCUGGGUGGCUAAGUCAGUUAAGUGUCUGACUUCAGCUCAGGUCAUGAUCUCACAUCUGUGGGUUCAAACCCCAUGUUGGGCUGUGUGCUGACCGCUCAGAGCCUGGAGCCUCUUCCAAUUCUGUGUCUCCCUCUCUCCCUGCCCACCCUCUCUCUUUCUCUCUCUUUCACAAAUAAAUACACAUUAAAAAAAAAAAAAAGUGUGCCUACAAGUUAAAGAGGGGAAACUCUUCUAUCUGUUUUUGGAUUUUUUUUCUUAUAGAGAUCUUUGUAAGUUUUUAUUCCUGUAUAAUUUAUCAACAUUCUGGGUCUUGAAUCCAUAUGUCUGACCCCAGUGCCCCUGCCAUUCUGCAGAAUGGAUGUCGUGUUAGCAGGCAUGAAAACUACAGUAAUCUUCGUGUCCAUUUCCAUCAGAGCUCUUGGGUGACCAGGUGCAUUGUCAAUGAGCAGUGACAUUUUGGAAAGGAUUUUUUUCUGAGCAGUAGGUCUCAACAGUGGGCUUAAAAUACUCAGCAAACCACAUUGUAAUGAGAUGCGCUAUCAUCCAGCCUUUGUUGUCUGUUGAUGGAGUUCAGCCAGGGUAGACUUAGUAUAAUUCUUAAGGGCCCCAGGAUUUUCAGGAUGGUACAUGGGCGUUGGCUUCAACUUAGUCACCAGCCGCCUUAGCUCCUAACAAGAGAGUCAGUCUGUCCUUUGCAGUUUGAAGCCAGCCACUGACUUUUCUCUGGCUAUGAAAGUCCUGGAUGGCAUCUUCUUCCGACAGAAGGCUUCCAGUAGAUUUUCCAACUUAAAAGCUGUUGGUCGGUGCAGCCACCAGCAUGAAUUGUCUCAGCCAGAUCCUCUGGAUAACUGGCUGCAGCUUCUGUAUCAGCACUCACUGCCUCACCUUGCAGUUUUAUGUUAUGGAGACGACUGCUUUUCCUUAUCCCACCAACCAUCCUCUGCUCGCAUCAGAUGUUUUUCUGAAGUUUCUUCACCUCCCUCAUCCUUCAGAGAAUUAACUGAAGAGAGUCAGGGCCUUGCUCUGGAUUGGGCUUUGGCUUAAGGGAAUGGUGACCUUCUAUACAGACCACACAAACCUUCUCCAUAUCUACAAUAGGUCUGUUUCAGUUCACUUCCUUUUUUUUAAUGUGUAUUUAUUUUUGAGAUAGAGACAGAGCACGAGCAGAGGAGGGGCAGAGAGAGAGACACACACACAAAAUCCUAAGCAGGCUCCAGACUCUGAGCUGUCGGCACAGAGCCCGACACGGGGCCGGAUCCUGUGAACCGUGAGACCGUGACCUGAGCCGAAGUCGGACGCUUCACCGACUGAGCCACCCAGGCUCCCCUCACCUCACAUUCUUAUCACCCGUGUGUCCACUGGACUUGCACUUUUAAUUUCCUUCAAGGACUCUUCCUUUGCAUUCACAGCUCGGCUGACCUUUUGGCACAAGACACCUAGCUUUCGGCCUGUCUCUGCUUUCAGCGUGCCUUUCUCACGAAGCUCAUUCAUUUCUAGCUCUUGAUUUAACGUGACAGACCUUGAACACUUAGGAGGCCGGUGUACGGCUGUCUCAUGGCAAAGAGGCCCAAGGAGAGGAGGAGGGGGACAGCUGGUGGGUGGAGCAGUCACAAUACACGCAACACUUACUGAUUAAGGUAGCCCACACCUAUGGGCACAGCUCGUGGCACCCCAAAACAAUUGCAAUAGUAACAUCAAAGAUCACUGAGCACAGACCACAGUAACAAAUAUGAUAAUGAAAAUGUUUUAAAUAUUGUGAGAAUUCCCAAAAUGUGACACAGAGAUAAUGUGAGCAAUUGCCCUUGGAAAAAUGGCACCGAUCAACAUGGCGUUGCCACACACCUUCGUAAAAAGCAGUAUCUGUAAAGCACAAUACAACAAAGUGUGCCUGCCUGUAGUUAAGACCUGGAGGAGAAGAGGUUCUAUAUUCUUCUGGGCCCAGGCCACCACCUUCAGCAGCCCCCUCCUCUUCAUCUCCAGGCAAGCAAAUGAAAUCCUAGAGCAGACCCUUCCUCUUCUCCAAGUCAGGUUUAGUUGACAUCCUACCGACUGCCAUGCUCUACACGCACAAAAUAGGAUAGGUUCCAUGAAUAAAUUAUACCUUCAAUGUUCAUUUUCCCAUACAUAGGAUGUGUUUCAACUAUUUUUGAAUAAUACGAAACAGUAUAUAUGUCUUAGGAUCUGUCUUCAUAUAUAAAAGAAUAAAUUACUUGUGAAGAAAACUCAGGCAAUGUAUUUUCAUGUCAGGCACAGGCAUUUGGUUCCCAAAAGAACAGUUUGUCCCUUUUUUCUUCUUAAUGUGUUUGUAUCAAAUAUAAAAGUGAACCUAUAGUAACUCUCAAAAGGGAGCAUAAUUUUUACAGCGGGAAUUUAAGGUAAUCAGGUUCUCGUUUCCCUGGUUCUCUGACACGUUCCUGUCUUGCCAGCCUCGUCACACUGCACCAUCCUUGAGGCAGUGAGGGCUUCUGCUCAUCAGAAAGGAGUGUCUGCGGUAGGAGACUGUGGACCAGGCUUGUGCCACACAGAGAGUGGAGCUCUAUUAGAGAGUAAAAAGGACACGUGGUCAGAUCCUGCGUUAUUUAAGGGCUCAUUUAGAAGAGACCAUUUAAAGAAAUUUUUAAAAAACAAGAAAACUUUGUGUACAGAAUCUCAAAGGAUAUAGCUUUUAGGAAAACUUGUAGAAAAUACAGAUGUUUUAGUCAGGUUCCUAAAAACUUAUUUGAGCAAAGCCUUAGGACUCCCCAUGGAGGUAGGCAGGAGCACUAUUAGAGACUUUCCCCCCUCCCCUGCUAACAGAACUUGUGUAAAAUUGCUGAGAGAAGCCAAACCAUUUGUGUCCCAGGGGCUGAGAGCAAACUACAGUCAGGUGAGUUGGGUGGACUGGACGGGGAGGCAGGCUAGUGGAUUUCUGAAGAUGAUGGCAGGUCUAAAGGUCCUACUUGCAAGGCCAGUGAGAAAGCAGGGGAGAAGUUAAGCUGGAGAGUGUUAGGAAUGAAAUUUGUGCUUGUAAGUGAUAUUAGCCCCACCCAGCAGCCUCUGGAGAGGGGAGUGGUUGCUGGAGGUUGAGCUCUAGAAACACUCUUGAACACUGGAGACCAAUCUCCAGGCUGGUGAGAGCUUCCAUCUGCUGGAGGGUAAUCCUGCCCACCUCCAUGGGGACUGAUGGAUCCUGCCCUGGGGACCCUUCUGGACCUCACCCCGUGUACCUCUUCAUCUGACUGUUCAUCCUUGUAAUAAACCAGUAAAACUGAGUAAAGUGUUUUCCUAAAUUCUAGGAGUCAUUCUAGAACAUGCCAAGCCUAAUUUGAGGGAUUGUGGGAACCCUUGAAUCCACAAUGCUCUCGGCAGAAAAUGUGGGCAGUCUGGGCACUACAUUUAUGGUUGGCAUCUGAAGUAGAGGAAGUCUCAUGGGGCUAAGACUUUGAACUUGUGGGAUCUGAUGCUGACUCCAGGAAGAUGGUGUCAGAAUGAACUGAAUCCUUGGACACCCAGGCAAUGUCAGAACAUUAGUUGUUGGGGUGAAGAAAACUAUUUAUACGAAUUUUUAGAUUUUGAGAAAUCCAUGACUGUUGUCUGUCACAGGGUGUUGGUCGGUAAGUGGGUGGAAGAAAUGGACGUAUAAGGGAGGUAAGAAGGCAGAACUAACAAAAUAUGCUUUUUUUUGGUCUCAGAUGUUAUUGAGCACGAGCCAUGUAACCAGGCAUUGGGAUAGGUCCCGUGUAUGCAGUUGGAAUAAAGUUCCUUUUUUUUUUUUUUUUUUUUUUGGUCAUGCAUGCAUGCAGAAAAGAGUGCAUGGGGAUUGAGGUGGGCAGUAAAAGGGAUGGAAUUAGGGGCUGAUAGACUUUAAGUGGUGUCAGUGGAUGAGCUGGGAAGGGAGAGGCUCUGAUUGCUGGAGGGAUCUCCGGUUCUUCAUCUGACAGGGCAUUCCUGGUAAGACCUGGCAGGGGGCUAUACCACUUAAGAGGACCAUGUUUAGAAAUCUGAGUUUGGGAAACAGAACGCAACUGAAAUCCUAGCUGUAUCAUUCCUUCGCCAUGUACUUUCCUCAUCUUGCUAAAGUUUCCUGAAACUGUGUCAUGUGUCCAUGUCAUUCUGGGCUGCAAUAAUAAAAUACCACACAUCGGUGGCUUAAACAACCGACAUUUGUUUUUCACAGUUCUGGAGCCUGGGAACUCCCAAGACCAAGGUGUCAGCAGAUUCAGUAUCCUUGAUGUGCCUGCCUUCUCACUGGGUCCUAACUUGGUAGAGAGAGAGAGCUGUGGUGUGUUCCUCUAAGAAUUACUCCAGUCCCUUCAUCGGGGACCUCCUCUCAAGACCUCAUCUAAACCUAAUUACCUCUCAAAACGCCCCACCUCCAGGUACCAUCACAUGGGGAAUUAGGGCUUUGACAUACGGACUUGGGUGAGGCUGGAGGGGACACUGCCAUCCGGUCCAUAACAGUGACUGUACUGAAAACAGCAGGAUCUAUUCUGAGGAUUAGUUAAGUGAAUGUUCUUAAGUUUCCAAGCAGAGAGUCCUAUUAUUAAACUUUGAAUUUGUCUUCCUUAUUUUUUGGACUCCAGGUGUAAGGAGGUGAGUUAUGUCUACUUUUGUUUGUGAUACAAUAUCAUUUUUCCGUGAAAUACAUUUAAGUGCAAACAAAAUUUUGGUAAGAAUUCAGUCUUUACCAAUAUGUUUAAAUAUACGAUUUAUGAAAUGCUGGGGUGUCAUUUGUGGUGAUGACUAAUAUACGACAAUAUUCCAGUUACAACUUUACUACAAUGUCAGAUUGAACAAAUAUAUUCCCUCAUAAAACAAAACCUCUGCCUUGUACAUUUUCUAAGUCGGGCACUUUUAGGUUUGGGGUUCAGGGAGGGAAUUAAAUAUCCCUAUGAAAAAGUUGGCAGUUAACUUAGAAAUAAUGAUUUUCAUUCCCUCGUAUGAAAAUAAAAAAGAAUAUUCCUAUCUUAUUGACGAGCAGCGGUAGCCAAAGCCUUGUCACUUCUGAUCCAAGCAGAAGUGAGAGCUCCCACAAUUGUCUCAGGGCAUGUGGCGUGUUCUUGUAGGGGGAGCUGGGGGGUUGCAUGCAGGCACAUCAGGGAUUCAUGACCAAGGGGUCUGGGAAUUGUGGGUAAGACUGGAGUCUCUUGGCUUCUCUCCCCUUGCCCAGCUUUUCCUGCAUACGGUUUGCACUCUCUGUGAGUGGAAAUCCGGAGGAAGAGACGUGGUGGCCGAACCCUUGAUGAUGCAACUGCAGAAAAAACAGGAUUACCAUACGGACUAUUGAUGCAGUCAUCAUUGUUGUUAAGAAUGGAGAGCUCACUGCAGGAGAGAUCACUGUGGGGCCAUCCUUUGGACGAGCCAUCUCAGGAGCCCCUAACCGGACCGCAGGACCUGUCUGCCCUGAUACCUUAUAAAGAACAAGAAUCUGUGACCUACAAAGAUGUAGCUGUAGACUUUACCCAGGAAGAGUGGGCCCUGAUGGACACAUCCCAGAGAAUGCUGUACAGAGAUGUGACGCUGGAAAACAUUAGUCAUCUGGUCUCUGUGGGGUGUCAUUUCUUCAGAUCAGAUGUGAUCUCCCCGUGGGAGCAAAGAGGGGAGCUCUGGAGGGAAGAAAGAGGACCUCCCCAAGGCUGGAGUCCAGGCAUGAAAAAAAGCCAUAACAAGCAAGAAAUAAUAUCUAUGCAAGAUAUCUACAUGAAGGACCCACCUAACUGCUUGAAAAUACCGAAACGUCAUGCAGGAGAAGACCUCUCUGUAUAUAGUGGGUAUGAAGUUUUCAUUCACACCUACACACUUACGCAACAUAUCUUAACUGACACUGGACACAAACCCUAUAAGUGUAAUGAAUGUGGAAAACACUUCACCCGAAACGCCAACCUUCAUACUCACAAAAUAAGUCACACAGGAGAGAAUCCAUUUGUUUGUAAUCAGUGUGGGAGGCGCUUCAGGUAUUUUUCAUCUUUAACUAGACACAAGCGAAUUCAUACUGGAGAGAAGCCUUAUGAAUGUCAUCUAUGUGGGAAAGCCUUUGUUCGUAGUUCCCUUAAACAACAUCAGAGAACACACACUGGAGAGAAACCAUAUACAUGUCCUCUAUGUGGAAAAGGCUUCGUUACAAGGUCUAAUCUUCGAGAACAUGAGAGAACUCACAGUGGAGAGAAACCAUAUACAUGUCAUCAUUGUGGAAAAGCCUUUGUUCAAAGCUCUUGUCUUAGAAAACAUGAGAGAACUCACAGUGGAGAGAAACCAUAUAAAUGUCAUCUAUGUGGAAAAGCCUUUGUUACAAGCUCUAAUCUUCGAGACCACGAGAGGACUCACACUGGCGAGAAACCAUAUAAAUGUCAUCUGUGUGGAAAAGCCUUUGUUCAAAGCUCUUGUCUUAGAAAACAUGAGAAAACUCACACUGGUGAGAAACCAUAUACAUGUCAUCUUUGUGGAAAAUCCUUUGUUCAAAACUCUUAUCUUCGAGAACAUGAGAGAACUCACACUGGAGAGAAACCAUAUCAAUGUCAUCUAUGUGGGAAAGCCUUUGUUCGAAGCUCUUGUCUUAGAAGACAUGAGAGAAUUCACAUUGGAGAGGAACCAUAUACAUGUCAUCUGUGUGGAAAAGCCUUUGUUACAAACUCUGAUCUUAGUAAACACAAGAAAACUCACACUGGACAGAAACCAUAUACAUGUCGUCUAUGUGGAAAAGCCUUUGAUCAUAUCUCUUGUCUUAGAAGACACGAGAAAACUCACAGUGGCGAGAAACCAUAUACAUGUCAUCUAUGUGGAAAAGCCUUUGUUCAAGGCUCUAAUCUUCGAAAACAUGAGAGAACACACUGGUGAGAAGACAUCAUUGUCAUCUGUGUGAAAAAGCCUUUGUUCAAAGCUCUUGGUUUAGAACACAUGAGAAAACACACUAGAGAGAAACCAUAAACAUGUCAUCUAUGUGGAAAAGUCUUUGAUAUAAGCUCUGAUCUUAGAGACCAUAAUGGAAUUCACUCUAAUUCUAGUGAAUUAACAUGGAAGUGCCUUCAGCCACAUUACUAAUGUGAAAACAGCCAGAGGACUCAGGUGGGGGAAGUUCCAUGGUCAUAUUCAUUACAGAAAUGUCUUCAUUUUUAACUCCUCCUUACACAACAUGAGUAAAUUACAUUUGGAAGAACCCCAUAUUUAUAAUCAAGGAGGAAGACACAUUAGCUGGUCUCUGGUCAUAGGGUGCACAAGAAAAUCCAGUAUGAAUACUAAUCUAAUCGCCUUUAAGUGGGAAUUUACACAGGAAAAUCUUUCUAGAUGGAGUCACUGUAGGAGAAUAACCGAAAAAUUAAUGCUGGAGAAGUUAUUCAUUGUUACAUGCAUGGGAAAAAACUUGACUAGUAGAAAAUCUAUUGUAGGCAAGUGAAGCUUCACACUCUGUAUUAUAGUAAACGAAUGGCAGCCUAAGUGAUUUUUAAUUCCUUAGUCAACAUGUAGUUUCUCACACUGUAUAUGUGGCAUUACUAAAAUCAGAUGAAAGUUUAGACUUUGCAUUAGAAAUCCCUGACUAGGAAAAACCUUUAUCAAGAAAGUCUUAACACACAAUUUAGACAUUUAUUUAUAAUUCUGCCUAACAGCCUAUUAUUAUAAAAAUGUAAGAAGGGUAGCAUUGUGACAUCAUCUGGGAAUUCUAAAUUCAGAAUUUUGUAACUUUUUUUUUUUUGGUUCUUGGAACUGCAUAUGAAGCAAAGUUUUGCUGAAAAAGCCAUUAUGUUGGUCAGGGUCCUAUUUUUCAUGCAGCAAUAGUAAUUAUGAUGAUUGGAUUCAACUAGAAAGUCUCUUUGAAUAUUAACUGAAAAACAUAGAACACAAGAUGAUGCGUCAUGACUACAUAUUGUUAACCACGUAUGUAGGUCGUAAUGAUGAAUUAAAGAUUCUUAUAUAGAUAGUUUGUGACCGAA